AUGGCUUCCACCGCCCCUGCCAAAUCGCAGCCCCUGCACAACUUCGCCCUGCCGCGUCUCAAGUGGAACAAGGAUGCUCAGCAGGGUGGCGGCCACCACCACCAGCGCCGCCGCUCGAUCAAAUCCUCCUCCUCCUCCUCCUCAUCCCCGGUUCGCCACUCGCCGCUGCGAGAAUCUGGUUCGGCGGCGACGCCGCCGCGCCACCAUUCCCCUCUCCCGUCGGCGCCUCCUUCGCUGCGAGAGUUCCCUGUCCACAGCGAUUCCCUCUGGAGGCAGCCGGCUCGGAGGUCGCCGAUAGCCCCCGAUCGGACGCUCCACCUCCAGAGGCACGACCCUGCUCCCGAAUCAAGGUCCUCCGGCAAGGGUAGAGCCGAUUCGUCUGAGCACCAGAGCAGCACAGAUGAGGAGACCAAGAUAUGGAAUCUGAGGCCUCGAAAGCCGAUUCGGGCCUCGCCGAGCGAGAAUUGGGCUAUGGCUAGAAACAUCGGGCCGGCCAUGGCCGAGAAAAGUAAAGGUCAGUCCCCGUCGAAUGCAGAUAACGGCCAAAAGAAGGCCGGCGGCGAGAAGAAGGUCAAGAGGAAACUGAACGUCUUCAUCUCUCUAACCAAGGAGGAGAUCGAAGAGGACAUUUUCUCCCUCACCGGAUCGAAGCCCGCAAGGAGGCCCAAAAAGAGAGCCAAAAACGUGCAGAGACAAGUCGAUACACUUUUUCCUGGAGCGUGGCUGAUGUCAAUAACUGCAGAUUCAUACAAAGUGUCUGAAAAUUCUCUCAAGGGUUAG